GCCUUCCCGCCGGCAGAUUCGGCACGAGAGGAGCGCGCGGCGCUGAGGGGCCGGGGUCGCGGCGGGAACGGAGAGGGGCGCGAGCCCCCACAGCCGCCGCUGCUCUGCCGCGCGCCCUGCGCCCGGCGGCGGGAACGCCGGGUCUGCUGUGAGGAAUCAGCCGCACCGCCCGCGCGCCGCUCUCUCGCUGAGGGAAAGAUGGCGUCCGUGUGGGAUGAGUCGGAGGAUGGCGUCGGCGAGGAGGUGCUGAAGAUGUCUACGGAGGAGAUCGUGCAGCGUACCCGCCUGCUCGACAGCGAGAUCAAGAUCAUGAAGAGCGAAGUGCUGAGAGUAACCCAUGAGCUUCAGGCCAUGAAAGAUAAGAUCAAAGAGAACAGUGAGAAGAUCAAAGUGAACAAAACUCUGCCGUACCUUGUCUCGAAUGUUAUUGAGCUACUGGAUGUUGACCCCAACGACCAGGAGGAGGACGGAGCGAACAUUGACCUGGAUUCCCAGAGAAAGGGCAAGUGUGCUGUCAUCAAGACCUCUACGCGCCAGACGUAUUUCCUGCCCGUUAUCGGAUUGGUUGAUGCUGAGAAGUUGAAGCCUGGAGAUCUGGUGGGUGUGAACAAGGACUCUUACUUGAUCUUGGAGACUCUGCCUACUGAAUAUGAUUCACGGGUGAAAGCCAUGGAGGUGGAUGAGAGACCCACAGAGCAGUACAGCGACAUCGGCGGGCUCGAUAAACAAAUCCAAGAGCUUGUGGAGGCCAUCGUCCUGCCAAUGAAUCAUAAGGAAAAAUUUGAAAAUUUGGGUAUACAGCCUCCCAAAGGAGUCCUUAUGUACGGGCCUCCAGGAACAGGGAAGACGCUUCUAGCUCGAGCGUGUGCUGCCCAGACCAAGGCUACAUUCCUGAAACUUGCAGGUCCACAACUUGUGCAGAUGUUCAUCGGUGAUGGAGCCAAGCUGGUACGAGAUGCUUUUGCUCUAGCCAAGGAAAAAGCUCCUUCCAUCAUCUUUAUUGAUGAACUGGAUGCCAUUGGCACUAAAAGGUUUGAUAGUGAAAAGGCUGGUGAUCGGGAGGUGCAGAGGACCAUGUUGGAGCUGCUUAAUCAACUUGAUGGUUUCCAGCCCAAUACACAAGUCAAGGUGAUCGCUGCAACCAACCGUGUUGAUAUCUUGGACCCAGCUUUGCUCCGCUCGGGACGAUUAGAUCGCAAGAUUGAGUUCCCAAUGCCUAAUGAGGAGGCCAGAGCCAGAAUUAUGCAGAUCCAUUCACGCAAAAUGAACGUCAGCCCUGAUGUGAACUACGAGGAACUGGCUCGCUGCACAGAUGAUUUCAACGGAGCCCAGUGCAAGGCUGUAUGCGUUGAAGCGGGGAUGAUUGCCCUCCGCCGUGGAGCUACAGAGCUCACCCACGAGGAUUACAUGGAAGGAAUCCUAGAGGUUCAAGCAAAGAAAAAAGCCAAUCUGCAGUACUAUGCCUGAUCUCUGCCUAGUCAAGGCAGUGGCCUCGGCAGAGGACGGGACUAGACUGGACUGUACCACUUACUUUCUGUCUGGAAAAAAUAAAGCAUUUUUUUUCCUCUAAAACGGUGAUGUGGUGGGGCUGUUGCCCUCGUUCAGUGGUUCUCCAUCUACAGAGGGAAGGUAAGAACCUCCUGUCCACAGUGCCCGUCAUGCUGCCCGUGGAUUAAAUCCUGCUCUGCUACGUCAGAAGGAGGACCACCAGGUAAUACUGCAGUAAGUGUACUUUGGUGUCCAUGAUCUGCAGCUCAGACAGCAGCCCCUGCUUUUAUGUGUGCAGUCAGUGAACAGGCUGUACACCUCUUUCAGAAUCUUGAAAAUUUUUUCAACAAACACUCAACUCUGCAGUGGAGAGGUGGACAGGACUCACAUGUGAAUGAUGUUUUAAUUUUCUCGUUUAAGCUUAAACUUAACUCUGGAAGCUUUAACACCACUGCUGAUAGACGUGAGUGCUCUGGUGAAUCAGUCUGGUAAUCGAUAAGAAAGAAUUCACGAUUACAUCCACUGAGCAAGUCUUUCAGUACUUUUAAUGCCAGUUGAGAAUUACAACUUCCAUUUAAAAAUUACACUUUUCAUAAAUACACUGACUUUAGCAUUAAGUAUCUUACAUGCCACUGUAUUGUAUUUGAAAUACAAUGUAAACAUCUCCAAA